CGAGAACAAAGUUUCUGGAUGUACCAGGCGCUCGAGCCCACCAGGGAGCAUUCCAGGAGCAGCUGAUGGCACUCAAAGCAGGAUCAAGGUCCAGCUUCUGUCCCAGCCCCAGAUCUGCCCGAGGAGCCCAGCCCAGGCUAUGGUCUCGGCAGACCCCCCAAGAAGGAACACACAGCCAAGAGCAGAAACCUCUGCCAUUGGUCCCCGCCAAAGCCACCAUCAGAGAAGCAGGCUGCCUAAGGUUUGGAUGAGGAAGCACAGGGAGGUGAAGAGCCCAGCUAAACCAUUCAGGAGAGGCCAGAGCCCUGAUUUCCUAAAAUCAGUGACCCUGGGCCUGGAGUCUCUGCCCCACCUGAUUCACCCGGCUGCAUGGCCCGCAGGCCACCUGUGCAGACAAAGGCAAGGACUGCCAAGACUGAAGGGGGGGGGGGGGAAUAGGGAUGUUUCUCACCAGCUCCUUGCCUCUACCUAAGGUCACUGCCUCUCUCAAGGUCACCCUCUCUAUACCAUCCUUCCCAGGUUCCAAUGACCAUUGGAACUUUGGUUGGGGUUUCCAGCACUCUGCUCCCACCUUUGUAAAUUAUGCCCUUGUUAUACCCUCAGGCUGCCCCAACUGGAGUAAGUCCUGGUUUCUGCUGAGGCCUGGACUGAUACAACCACCCGCCCUGAAUUUCCAGGAUUGCAAUCAUCAGCCCCACCACUGGCCUAGCAGUCCUAGUUCCACGUUUGGAGGCACGGGUAGACGAAGAUGCCCUCUCCCCCCUCCUCCGAGUCCCCUGCUACCUCGAGUCCCAGCCAAGAGUGAGGUCACUCUCUGUAGGCGUUUGCUCUGCGGCCUACUGGCCAGCCUUCCAGGAUUCUGAUUCCAAAGGUUCUAGUCAGAACCUCAUUAUCCCAGACACUCCUCCUCUGUGACUUCACCCACUGAAGUCGUCCGGGAGACGAUGCUGAACGUUCCACCCCAGAGUCUGGGCCUCUCUGGGAGGCAUGGACAGCAGGCCAGGCCAGCCUAGAGGACUACCCGUCCACAGUGUAAAUGAGGACACGGCUGGCCCAUGUCUUGCAGGGAUGUAGAGGGCAGCCUCCGAGGCACUGGGUGCUCCUGGCACCAUGGAUGAUGCUGCCAUCCUCAAGCGACGAGGCUAUAUCAUGGGGAUAAACUUGGGAGAGGGCUCCUACGCCAAAGUCAAGUCCGCUUACUCUGAGCGCCUAAAGUUCAACGUGGCGGUCAAGAUCAUCGACCGCAAGAAAGCCCCCACAGACUUCUUGGAGAAAUUCCUUCCCCGGGAAAUCGAGAUUCUAACCAUGCUGAACCACCGCUCCAUCGUCAAGACCUACGAGAUCUUCGAGACGUCCGACGGCAAGGUCUACAUUAUCAUGGAGCUCGGGGUCCAGGGCGACCUCCUCGAGUUCAUCAAAACCCGGGGGGCCCUGCACGAAGAUGAUGCUCGCAAGAAGUUCCACCAGCUCUCCUCCGCCAUCAAGUACUGCCACGACCUGGACAUUGUCCACCGAGACCUCAAGUGCGAGAACCUUCUCCUCGACAAGGACUACAACAUCAAGCUGUCCGACUUCGGCUUCGCCAAGCGCUGCCUGCGGGAUGACAGCGGCCGACUGAUCCUGAGCAAGACCUUCUGCGGGUCGGCCGCGUACGCGGCCCCCGAGGUCCUGCAGGGCAUCCCCUACCAGCCCAAGGUCUACGACAUCUGGAGCCUGGGCGUGAUCCUCUACAUCAUGGUCUGCGGCUCCAUGCCCUACGACGACUCCAAUAUCAAGAAGAUGCUGCGCAUCCAGAAGGAGCACCGCAUCAACUUCCCGCGCUUCAAGAACCUGACCAGUGAGUGCAAGGACCUCAUCUACCGCAUCCUGCAGCCCGACGUCAACCGGCGGCUGCACAUCGACGAGAUCCUCAGCCACUGCUGGGUGCAGCCCAAGGCCCGGCUCCUGUUCUCUGCAGCCAUCGACAAGGAUGGGGAGACCUCAGCGACCCCCGCUUUUGAGGCCUCGGGGGUCCAGGAACCCCCAUGGGCCCCUGAGCCUGGCUCUGACAAGAAGUCUGCCACCAAGCUGGAGCCCCAGGAGGCCCAGCCUGAGAUGAACCCAGAGUCACAACCCAAGGAGGAGAUUCUGCAAGAGGCGUCGAGGCUGUUGGAUACCAGAAGCGCAGACCCUAUAGAGGGCCGGCCAAGCAGGGACACAGAGGAAAGGGGAGCCCCGAAGCCUGCAGACACGCACACCUCGUGAGCCUCUCACAUGGCCCAGGGGCUGGCAGGGGAUGAGGCAGAGCUCACAGCUUCGAGCCUGAGCUCCA